AAUGAACCGUGCAUUUUGUGUGAUGAACCAAUGGGAAAAUUUCAUCCGGUGACUUCAGUUGAAUUGGGAUGUUGUGGCACAAAAUGGCAACACAGCCAAUGUCUUCGGGAACUAGUACACAAACAAAAUACACCAAUGUGUCAAUCGUGCGGCAAUGAAGAAGUGUUUCGUUCUAAUCUACAAUCAAAUGGAAUUUUCGUUCCAGAAAGAAAUGCUGUGGAGUUAGAACAAACGAUUGAUGUGCAAUGUACUCCAGAUUCAGGCAAUGCUGUGAUUGACCUAAAUGACAGUCUUUCAUCAUUGGGAAUGUCUACACCCAAUUCAUGCGAUACACUGAGCGUGGCAACGGAUGUUUCUACACAAAGAUCACAAAGUAUUGCUGGAUCGGUCGAUGACCAAGAUGAAUCAGAAGAGGAGCCACCACGCAAAAAGGCUCGGGUUCAUGCCGAUUAUGUGUUUGUGAGAUCUUUCGACAAUACAAAACAAGCAAUGGACUUUAUAGAACGUGAAAAAUAGGCAAAACAUUAUUCGAGCACCUCUGAAGAUGGCAUGCGUCAGACGUUAAGGUGUACCAAAGUAAAAUAUCGUGGUCCGCAAUGUGCGGCAAAAGCGUAUUUGCUGUAUGAUUCACAAAGCACGCAAAUUCAUUUUUACAAGUCAAUUGCUGAGCAUGAUCAUGAGCAAAAUAUCAAUGCAGUGUACGAAAUACCCGAAAAUACGAAAAAAGAAAUAAAAAACAUGUACGAUCUCGGCGUUACACGGCCAAAGCGAAUCCUUAACAAUUUGAUGCUCAGACAAAUUGAAUUGCCCGAUAGAAAGAAGUUUGAUAGUUUUUUGAGAGAGCUGAAGAUGGAGAAAUAUGGCGAAAGUAACAUAAAUUUGAUUGAUUUGAAGAAUUGGUUAGAAGAUAACGUAGUCAUACCAAUCGAAAAAACCAAGCCAUUCAUCGUGGACUGCAAACUAUCAUUAAAUGAAAAUAAUCCGAGCUUCAAAUUCUUUGUUUCAACCAAACAGCUAUUAAUCUCAGCAACUAAAGCUUCACAUGUACAUGUCGAUGGAACGUACAAGUUGGUCUGGCAAGGAUAUCCGAUCAUUCAAAUAGGAACUACUGAUAUGCACCGAAGUUUUCAUCCGUUCGGAUUGGGUGUUUGCACGAGUGAGACAUCUGAUGACUAUACAUUUAUUUUCAGUGCGAUCAAAAAAGGCGUGAAAGAUGUGUAUAAUAUUGAUUAUCAUCCAGAAACUCUGAUUCGUGACAGUGCACACAGUAUUCAAAAUGGGUUCGAAGCUAACUUUGGCGACGGUGCUAUGGGGAUCAUGUGCUGGGCACACAUGCGACGAAAAAUGGUUGAAAAUAUGCCAAAGUUCAUCCACAACAAAAAGCAACGAUUCGAGCUCUUGGCAGAUCUUGACAUGUUGCAGCUAAGUAAAAACAAGGAAACGUUUGACAAAGCAGCCAAUCUUUUUGUUGAAAAGUGGAAGACUAUAAGUACUGAUGCCAUGGCUUAUUUUGAAUCUGAAUGGCUACGAAAGAAUCGAUUUUGGUACGAAGGUGUGAAAAUAAAUAUACCGAGCACAAACAACGCGGUUGAAACUGCAAACCGGCUUAUUAAAGAUGAACACACCUUACGUGAACGUUUCGAUUUGGGCCAAUUCAGAACAGUCCUGUUUCAAAUGAUGGAAUCAUGGUCGCUUGCCUACGUCUCCGGUGAAAAAGAAUUUCACAAUCACCCCGAGAUUGAAUUGAAACAAUGGACAGAUGCAUACGCGUGGGCGAAGCGAAAUGUGUGUAUGAAAGUUACUGAGGGAACUGAUCGUGUUAUUUACGAAAUUCCAGCUGGUACCGUGGCCACAAACACUAGAGCUCAAAAUGACGAAUGGAAAUGUUUUGAUGAUUUCAAACUAAAUAACUUCCAGUUCAACUAUGUUCAUUUCCCAGCACCUUUGACAAAAAACAAUUGGCAAGAAGGAGUUUGUGAUUGCAGUUCAUUUUUCAAAUUUUACAUGUGUGAACAUAUUCUGGGUAUAUCCCUUCGCAUGAAGUUUGUUGUGGCACCUGAUGAAGCAAAAAGUCUGCCAUUAGGUCAAAAGCGAAAACGGGGUCGUCCAGCACGAGCAAAAGCUGCUUUGGUUGUUCAGUAAUUCAGAUUUGUGGCACAAAGUGAAGCUAAAUCUAUGCCGUUGAAUCAAGAUGCCGAGCGCGAUUAAAUUUGGUUGUCCAGGAAUUUUUAAGACUGACUGUGCACCAAUUAUUUGGUCGAUAAAAUAUUUAAUAACUAAAUUUUUUUUAUUUAUUUACUGAGCAUAAACUGUUAUAUAUCUGUGAAAUCUAUUAAACAACUGUAUUAUCUAGUAUGUUAACGUAGCAAUCGUGUAUAAAUUGCUGAACAAAAUUACAAUAAUUAACUGAGCAAGAUAAAA